AACCCCAAGAAGGAGGAGAGAUAAACCAAAAAAAAGAAGAUAUUUUUAGAGAGAGAAAUUGAGCACAGCCCUACAAAAAAAUGCAACUAGAUAAGGACUUAUGCUUGUGUAGCUGAAAAAAACAAUACCAUUUCUCAUUUCCCUUUUCUUUCUUAAUUUUUCCUUGUUUUGUUUUCCCUUAUUAUUUUCCAUUGUUGUAGAAUAGUUUUUGCUUUGGAAAGCUUGCUUCUUUCACUCUCUGCAAGUGCAACACCUUUGCACCACAGAGAAUAAGGAGAGAGAAAAACAAAGACUGUUGUAACAUUUUUUUUUUCUACUAAAAAAAAAAAAACUCUAGCUUCCUUUUUCUUCUUCUUCACAGGUUGGAACAACUUUUGGGUUUGCAUCACACACACCCUUUUUGAUCUUGUCCACAAAAAUUGCAUUUGAGAACAGAACUUGGUGGUAAGUUUUGGACUAUUUGAGUAUUUGGGGCUUUGAAGGUUUUCUUGUGGAAUAAGUCAAUUGAAGUAAAUGCAUGGAUCAUGGGGACCAAAUGGCAUCUUACUAUAUGCAGCAGAGAGGAAUACCUGGUUCUGGAGCACAGCCGGAGUUUUCGGCCGGAAUCCGGUCGCUGUCUAGCCCCAACCUACCAUUUCAAUCCGGCAUUGGCAGUGGUGGAUCAAUUGGAUCCACUAUACAGCUAGAAUCUUCAGGGAUUUCGACCCACGGUGUCAAUGUUGGUGCUCCUCCGGGGGUACCGCCUGGGGAACCUGUCAAAAGGAAGAGAGGAAGGCCAAGGAAAUAUGGGACUGAUGGAACUGUGUUGGCUCUUACACCAACUUCGUUGAGUCAUCCCGGAGCCAUGACAACACCAGGCCAGAAACGGGGCCGAGGACGGCCCCCUGGGACUGGGAAGAAACAGCAAUUGGCAUCACUUGGUGAGAUGAUUUCUGGUUCGGCCGGGAUGGGAUUCACUCCUCAUGUCAUCAACAUAGCAAGUGGAGAAGACAUUGCAACGAAAAUUAUGGCAUUUUCUCAGCAGGGGUCUAGAUUUGUGUUUAUUUUGUCUGCCACCGGUGCUGUUUCCACUGUCACACUUCGCCAACCUUCAACUUCCGGUGGCUCAGUCACAUAUGAGGGGCGUUUCGAGAUAUUGUGCCUGUCAGGCUCUUACUUGCUUACUGAUAAUGCUGGAUCACGCAAUCGAACUGGCGGACUAACUGUUUCCCUUGCUAGUCCUGACGGACGAGUCAUUGGUGGAGGAGUUGGGGGAGUGCUCAUUGCAUCAAGUCCUGUUCAGGUGAUAGUUGGAAGCUUUAUAUGGGGUGGAUCAAGAACAAAGAAGAAAAAGGAAAGCACAGAAGGGGUAGAAGCUGCUAUGGAGUCGGACCACCAACCGAUUCACAAUCCGGUUGCACUAAACAGCAUUUCGCCGAAUCAAAAUCUUACUCCAACCCCAUCUUUGAGUCCGUGGCCGGCGUCGCGUCCCUUGGACAUGCGUAAUUCCCAUGUUGACAUUGAUUUAAUGCGUGGGUGACAAUUUAUUUUUAUAUACACUAGUAGUGUGUAUAUAUUUCAAGGUUGAUGGUUCAUGGUUCAUGGUUCAUGGUUGCUCAUCUAAUUUUUCUUGUAGUAUUUAAUGACAGAAUGGGAAGUAGCAACAACAGAGUAGAAGCAAAGCUGACUUUUGCAAAUUGAUAAGUCUAACUUAUCCACCCAUUAUUUUGACUUGGGUUUGUACUUUUUACUCAUAUUUUUGUAGUUGUGAGGAAUUUUAAUUUCAUGUUUCUUAA